UUUUUUGAGACAAAAUUGGUUUUAAAGAUCAGAUUAGUAAGUUUUUAAAAAUUUUGAGCUUGAUUGGCGUUAGUUAGAUUUUACCCCAAAAAAAAAAAUUCUGAAACAUUUCACCCAGAUUAAUCGCUAGGCUCUAGUAGUAGCGUUUUCCACAUCUCCACCGCCACCACCAUAAUGCCCGUUGACAAAAUACCAUCUCCUCGAACCAAUGACCUCAACUCAAACCCUUCUCAAAAGCCUCCUCAAAAACCCAUCCACCAUCAAAACCAAGUCCCAAGCCAAACAACUCCAUGCCCAAAUCCUCAAAACCAAAUCCCCAUGUUCCACUCACCUCUCUAUUCUCCUCUCCAUUUACUCAAACUUUAAGCUUUUGCAUCACUCACUUCUUGUCUUCAACGCCCUCCAUUCUCCUCCCACUCUUGCUUGGAAAUCCAUCAUCAGAUGCUACACUUCCCAUGGCCUUUCCCACCAAUCUUUGGCUUCGUUUAUCCAAAUGCGGGCUUCAGGCAAGUAUCCUGAUUGCCAUGUUUUCCCUUCUGUCCUGAAAUCAUGCACGUUGUUGAUGGACUUGAGGUUGGGCGAGUCGGUCCACGCCUGCAUUGUAAGGCUUGGUAUGGAUUUCGAUUUGUACACUGGCAAUGCGCUUAUGAGUAUGUAUUCUAAGUUUGAAAGCAUGUGUGAGAGGGGCUUGCGCCACGUGUUCGAUAAAACUCCUGAGAGAAGGGAAAUUGGAAAAUGUAGGGAAUUGAGUUGUAGAAUUGUGUCUGAGGAGUUAGAAAGUGAGGCAGGGAUGCUAUACUUUGAUAGGAAUGCAAAUAGAGAAAAGGGUGUUGGUGAGUCUUUGAUAAACAAUAAUUUUGAUAAUGGUAAUUCAAAUGAAUUGAUAAAUAAUUUUGAAAAACAGAUCAUGGGUAUUGAUCAUAGUGUUAACUUGAACCAAAUUAAGGAUGAGUUGUUUCAAAUGAAUGAUAGUUAUAAGAGAAUGGGAGGCACAAGGGCUUUUAGAAUGGAUAGUGUGAGAAAGAUUUUUGAUUUGAUGCCAAACAGGGAUCUUGUUUCUUGGAAUACUGUGAUUGCAGGAAAUGCACAAAAUGGAAUGUAUGAAGAAGCUUUAGCAAUGAUUAGGGAGAUGGGGGGUGCCAACUUGAAGCCGGAUUCCUUCACUUUGUCAAGUGUCCUUCCUAUCUUUGCAGAAUAUGUGAAUGUAAGAAAGGGGAAGGAAAUCCAUGGGUAUGCCAUAAGACAUGGGUUUGAUGCAGAUUUGUUCAUUGGAAGUAGCUUAAUUGACAUGUAUGCAAAGUGUACUCGUGUGGAAGAUUCAUGUCAGGUCUUCAAUCUCUUACCUCAGCGUGAUAGCAUUUCAUGGAACUCUAUAAUUGCAGGGUGUGUACAAAACGGUCUGUUUGAUGAAGGCUUGCAAUUCUUUCAGAAAAUGUUGAAGGCUAAAAUUAAGCCAAGGCAUGUUUCCUUUUCAAGUAUUAUGCCAGCUUGUGCUCACCUGACAUCGCUACAUUUGGGGAAGCAGUUACAUGGAUACAUAAUUAGGGGGGGAUUCGAUGAUAAUGUGUUUAUAGCUAGCUCCCUUGUGGACAUGUAUGCCAAGUGUGGGAACAUUAGGAUAGCUAGGAGGAUUUUUUAUAAGAUGGAGCAGCAUGACAUGGUGUCAUGGACAGCCAUAAUCAUGGGAUAUGCCUUGCACGGGCAUGCCCAUGAUGCCAUUGCCUUAUUUAAGCAGAUGGAAAUGGAGGGAGUAAAACCCAACGAUGUGGCUUUUGUGGCUGUGUUGACUGCCUGCAGCCAUGCUGGAUUGGUAGAUGAAGCUUGGAAAUAUUUUAAUAGUAUGACCCAGGAUUUUGGAAUAGUUCCAGGCUUGGAGCAUUAUGCGGCUGUUGCAGACCUUCUGGGUCGAGCUGGAAGGUUGGAGGAAGCUUAUAAGUUUAUCUGUAACAUGCAUAUAAGACCGACAGGAAGUGUCUGGUCAACAUUGUUGGCUGCCUGUAGGGUUCACAAGACUGUUGAAUUGGCAGAAAAGGUAGCUGGGAAAAUAUUCAGGGUUGAUCCUGAGAACAUGGGAGCAUACAUUUUAUUGUCAAAUAUAUAUUCUGCUGCCAGGAGAUGGAAAGAUGUAGCAAAUUUGAGAAUCUCCAUGAGAAAGAAGGGCAUGAAAAAGAAACCAGCUUGCAGCUGGAUUGAAGUUAGCAACAAGGUUCAUGCUUUUGUGGCUGGAGAUGAAUCCCAUCCGUAUUAUGAAAGAAUAAAUGAGGCACUGAAAGUUUUACUAGAGCAGAUGGAGCGAGAAGGAUAUGUUCCCGACACAAAAGAGGUGCUCCAUGAUGUUGACGAGGAGCAGAAGAGAUACUUACUGUGUAGCCAUAGCGAAAGGCUCGCUAUAGGAUUUGGCAUCAUCAGCACUCCUGCGGGAACAACAAUUCGAGUAACAAAGAAUAUUCGUGUCUGUGUGGACUGCCACAUAGCGAUUAAGUUUAUAUCAAAGAUAGUUGGCAGAGAGAUCAUUGUGAGGGAUAAUAGCCGAUUUCACAAUUUCAAGGAUGGAAGGUGUUCUUGCGGUGAUUACUGGUGACAUGGCAUAAAGAUCAUGUCUAUCGGAUUAGACCUGAAACCAUUAGAAAUGGGCCGAGCUGCAAGAUGACUUGGUUGAUUAAAAACACAGUUUUAAGCAUGUCAAAGAGAUUGGUAGCCACCACUAACCAACCGAUAAAAAAGGAAUUCCUUAUGGCACUGCUAGUCUGCUACCAAGCAAGCAUAGGAAAAUACUAAAUACAACGAAACUGCAUUGUUGCAAAGCCUUCAUCAGCCAAGUUGUUGUCAUCUACUUCCAACACUUCAGGAAAUGACAUUGUUCCUUUUAAGAACUGCAUCACAUGUUUGGUUCAGAGAACUAUCUACUGAUUACCAGAAAUUUCUUUCAGGAAAAAAGACAUCACUCCGUUGUAGAACUGCAUCACAUGUUCUGUUUGGAGAACAAUCUAUUCAUUACCUGAAAGAAUUCCCACAGCAAAGUUCAUUCAUUCAGAUAGCAAUGUGUAUCCUAUCACUCACUUCUUUAACAAGGUUGAGUUAUUUUGCAACAACUCCAUAAAGACUUCAAUAUUUUGCUUCACCAGAAGGAAGAGAUGAUCUAUAGCAAUACAAUCAGAAGGAGUGAAGAACUGUUCUUGAGGUGAUUUCAAAUAAAUUUUUGCAGUCACCCUUUCAUGGAUUUGUGGAGGAUAGAAUGAUACAAAGUGAAUCCAGUGCAACUGCUCCAGUUUUAUUCUGCUUUGGUUGCCGAAGUGAGGAUAUUGACUUCCUAUACAAAGUUUUUUGAUUUUUGCAUUCCCAAAAUGGUGGGAUACUUUCUGAAGCCAAGGGUGGAGGUUUAUUGUUGCAUUCUCAACAGAUCUGCUACAGAAGGUGUAGGGGUCGAGUCAACCUCAGUUGGAAUAGAUGAAUGUCACAAUUAAUUUUUAUGUGGGAAUGAAGGGAUAGCUCACAAUGGGAAAUCCAAGGAGACCAGACCCAGAAACAAGAGAGGUGAUAUUGGGCCAAAAAAUACUCACAUAUAAGAUUACCUAAGUUGGUUUCUUCCUUAAACACAGACGUGCAACAGUGGAGAACUGGGAGAUUUCUCUCUGAUACCCAAUUUCUCUCUCUUUGUGUAUCCUUCCCAAUUUUUCUGAACCCCUUCCACUAUGGGGUUUUCCCCUAUUUAUAGCGAUGUAAGCAAUGGGCAUGCUAUGAUAGGGGCUCUGCUCUGUUAGACAUCAUAUUCCCUUUUUAGAAUCAUAGUGGGAGUAUGUGUCUACCCAUUGUUCAUACUGGUCACUUCAUCAAUUAGUGCGUGGGCCCCUAUUUUCUUC